CUGCAACCGGUGGCGGACACUAUGCCCAACUUCGCUCUGGAGCGUCAAGAGGCAAGAGUUUUACUUGAUCGGUCUUCACAAACGUACUCCAAACAAGGAGGCUGCGCCUAUCUUUUUGGAAUUUUUUGUAAACGACCUGUACACCCAAGGAUAGUCCUUCAGGGAGGCUCACCCCUAGCUGUAGGACACUGCUGGCCCUUUGAAGGUGGGCGGGGGCAUUUAUUCAUUGCCCUGUCACACCCAGUCUACAUCAGCCAUGUGACACUAGGUCACGUUUCAAAGAACUUGUCCCCAACUGGCACCAUUCCUAGCGCCCCAAAGACAUUUUCUGUCUAUGUAAGUCACAAAUGUAUCAUUGUUACAUUACAGAUGUUCAGUUAAGUGGGAACAACAAGGUGUUCAACUG